AGCAUCCCGGAAAGGGAACCGUGAACAAAAUGAGGAGGUGUUUUUGAACAUUUGGCAGAAAGCAGCGCUCUUGCAGACUCGUCCUGUGCUGAAGGACAACACGAAGAGCUCCCCGAGUGAAGAGGCAGGUUAUACAAUCCCAAAACAGGCAGCCGGUGCUUCUGAGAGGUAUGAAUGACUUUGCAGUUCUCAACACAGGGCGCAAGAUGCCCCUCCUUGGACUGGGAACAUGGAAGAGUGAGCCCGGAAAGGUGAAACAAGCAGUUGUUUGGGCACUGGAGGCCGGUUAUCGCCACAUUGACUGUGCAGCCAUCUAUGGCAACGAGGUUGAAAUUGGAGAGGCCCUGCAGGAGACGCUCGGCCCCAGCAAGCCCCUGAGAAGAGAGGACGUCUUCAUCACAUCCAAGCUGUGGAACACCCGGCAUCAUCCAGAGGAUGUGGAACCGUCCCUCCUGAAGACCCUGAAGGACUUAAAGCUGGAGUACCUGGACCUCUACCUCAUCCACUGGCCCUACGCCUUCCAACGAGGAGAUGCGCCUUUCCCCAGAAAGGAGGAUGGAACCUUGUUGUACGAUGACACAGACUACAAGCUGACCUGGGCUGCCAUGGAGAAGCUGGUGGAGAAGGGCCUCGUCCGUUCCAUCGGCCUGUCCAACUUCAACAGCAGGCAGAUUGAUGACAUCCUAUCAGUUGCCAGCAUCAAACCAACUGUUCUACAGGUAGAGAGCCACCCAUACUUGGCCCAGGUGGAGCUGCUGGCCCACUGUCGGGAUCGGGGCCUGGUGCUGACGGCCUACAGCCCACUAGGUUCUCCUGACCGUGCCUGGAAACACCCGGAUGAACCAGUUCUGCUUCAGGAGUCUGUGAUCGCUGCCCUUGCAGAGAAAUAUAAAAAGUCUCCUGCUCAAAUUAUCCUGAGGUGGCAGACACAACGAGGAGUGGUAACGAUUCCCAAGAGCGUGACAGAAUCUCGUAUCAAAGAAAACUUUCAGGUGUUUGACUUCACCCUUGAAGCAGAUGAAAUGAAAAGUAUCACAGCACUGACUAGAGGCUGGCGCUACAUUGUACCAAUGAUUGAAGUGGAAGGAAAGCGUGUUCCCAGGGAUGCAGGACAUCCUUACUACCCUUUCAACGACCCAUACUGACAACUCACACUACACCCUGAAUUUGUGCCUUCAACAGCCCCAUCAACACAACUUCGCCCUCUCACACCACUGAUAAAUGUUCCUGGAUCCUGCCAUUGCAGUUUAUCCGUUUAGCUUUGGUUGAAUCCUGCACUUAUUAUUAGAACAUUUCAAGUUACUGUUGGUGAUGGAGACUGGAAAAUCUGGUGUGACUGUAUACGUACUGUAUGUGUUAUUUUUUAAAUAAACAUUUUGUUACUUCC